AUGAAGGAGGAACAUCGCGGCGACAAGGUGCCAGGCUGGGAUGGAGACCCAAAGACCUGGCGGACGUAUCGACGGAAGGCCCUCCAGUACCAGGAGGGCACGAAGAGACAAAACAGGUACUUGUGUGGCCCGAGGCUAGAGGCGAGACUGACGGGCAGGGCUGAGGUUGCAGCUGAGCGCUGUAAGUCAGGAUGGCUCUCGAUAGAUGACGGUGUGGAGCGACUCUUGGCGUGGCUGGAGCGCCGCUGCUCGCGCCAGGCGGUCCCAGACGUGGGUCAGGAGCUGGAGACGUUCCUGAUCAAGCCCAGGCGCAGGAAACUCGAGCCCAUGCAGCAGUGGACCGACAGAUUCGAGACUGGGUACCAGUACCUGCGACGAGCACUGGCACGUGCACUCGGCCACCUGACUCAGAGUCCUCACUCGACGUCGAGCUGGACCCCCAGACCCUGGAGAUGGGUUGAAGUCGAGAAGGAAGAAGACGACGAGGGCCCGAGCUGGACGUGGGAGUACACCGACGGCCGAGGAGAAGACGAUACAGGGUCGCGCACCUGGAGCAUCACCAACGACGAUGACGCCGAGGAGGAGUUAGAUGACAUGCCAGAGGUCUUCCCGAGCAUCGUCUGGGGAUGGCUGAUGCUCGCGCGCGCGGGCCUGGACUCCAAGGAGAGAUCUGCCAUCAUGACUGCCACAGGUGGCUCGCUGGAGGCAAGCACGAUCCGCGAAAAGCUGAUCACGACCUGGGAGGACGAUGACCUGGCAGAGCGAGAUGGCCACGCUCGAUACCCGAAGGCGUACACGGCGCAGAUAGGAGACGAUGACCGCACCUGGCUCGACGAGGACCACGUGGAGCAGGGUGCGGGCAGCUUCGCAGCAGAGCAGGAGUGCGAGGAGUUCGAUGAGGAACAUGACAUGGCCGAGGCUAAUGACGAGGAGAUCGAGGCGUACAUGGCCGCCCAGCAGGAGGAGGCCGAGGCAUUGGCUGCACUCCACACUGCCAAGCGAACCCUACGCCAGGUGGUCAAGCAAACGGUGGUGGCCGAGGAGCUGGCGGAGAAUUCCCAGCGGGAUCUCGCCGGCCGAUGGGCAGCCAAUACGGAGGCGAGCGCGAAGAUGGCCACCCGCACGAAGGAGCUGAAGUUUAAUCUAGUGGCCGCCAGGGUCGCCGAACAAGAGUCUGGGGACUCACCAAGUGAGGCGAUGUUCGCGGAACAGGCCAUCUUGGAGGGCAAGGGGAUCGUCGACUUAGGCUGCACGGACACCAUGGGAGGUGAGCGUGCGCUCGACAUCGUAGCCCGCAAGAACCUCGAGAAGUACGGCGACACCAGACUCCGUGAAGUGAACCGAAGCUACCAGCCGGUGUACAGCUUCGGGAACGGAGAGAAGGAGCGCGCCUACGGACAGGUGAAGUUCGGGAUCACGGGCGCGGGCAACGAGGGGGACAUCGCGAUCAACGGGUUCGCGAAGGACGUCCCGAUCCUCGUGUCGAAGAAGGUGCUCAAGAAGCUGGGGGCAGUCAUUGAUUGCGACACGGGUGUCGCAGUGUUCGUGAAGCUGGCCCCGAAUAUCCCCGUGCAGCUGGAGGAGUCACCCGACGGCGGACACUACUGCAUGAGCCUGGUGGACGACAUCCUAGAGCACCGAGUGCAGGACCCUGCCAGGUUGCAGAACUUCAGGAGGAUUAGCCAGCAUGUCUCUGAGUGGGGCAGGCCGGAUACGGCCGCAGCAGUGGGGCAGGUGCAGUUCGGAGGUGCCAGCCCGAGAUGGGGAGUGCCAGCUUCCCGCAGAGAGGUGCACCAUCUCCACAAGGCAGAGGCGGUGGAGCUGAUCAGGGAGCUGGGUUUGCCUUUCAGCCCGGCCUGGUCGGUGGACGAGCUGAGGCACACCAUCAAGGAGACCCUCUUCCCGAAGGCCGAGAGCGCCUCUCAGAAUGCACUGAAGGGGGUCAGCACCAUGAAGAAGCCGGAGCUGGUCCAGAAGGCGGAGGAGAUCGGAGCCCACCUCACGCCAAAUAUGACGAAUGCAGCGAUGAAGACGAAGCCCGAGGCGACGGACAUCAUGGGUUUCGGGAAGCACAGAACCCUGACGUACCGGCAGGUCUGGAUCCAGUGCCCGUCCUAUGCCGAGUGGGCCAAGAAGGAGACCAGCACAGAGAGCAGCUGGGAGCUCACCCGGUUUGUCUCAUGGCUCAACGCUGGAGCGCCUCGAGGCACCGAGGGCUCCGAGUUCCGCGGACAGUUUUCUCGCAGUGGAGCACAGUCCGAGUGGUCCGGCCGGGGUUUGAACCAUGUCAAGGAGCUCGACCCGAGGAAGCAGCGAUGGCUCGCGAAGUGUAUCAGGGAGAGCAACAGCACCGAGGACUUCGAGGCGCUGAUGGCACAUGGGGGGGUCAAGCUCAUGGAGCUGGCCUGUAGUCCCGCAUCCAUCCUGAGCUCAAAGAUGGCCGAAAAGUUUGGCGAGGAAGCAGUGCAGCGGGUCAGCUCAUGGAACGGCCACAAGCUCGGGACAGCCCCGGGCAACCAGAAGGCGCGGGAGACCCGGGACAAGGCCGAGCCCGACCACCUCUGGAUCAGCACUCGGUGUGGUCCCCUGUCCACGCUGACUCUCGGUUUCAACUUCUCCAACCCGGCCAGGGCAGAGGCGACCAGGAAACGUCGGCUCCAAGCGAUCAAAGAGUACAAGGGCGCGGUGCAGUUAGUGUACGACCAGGUGGCCCAGGGCAAGCACGCCCACUGGGAGUGGCCCAUCAAGUGUGAAGGGUGGGGCCAUGCCAUGAUUCGCAAGAUGAUCGAUGACUGCUCAAUGACCGUGGUAAAGGUGGCUGGGUGCCAGCUCGGGGUCAAGAAUGAGAAGGGCGAGCCGCUCUUGAAGGAGUGGCUCAUCGCAACGACCUCACCGAAGAUGGCGGCUCGGAUGGCCACAGAAUGCCCCGGAGAUCAUCGGCAUGGUGAGCUCAUGGGCGGGAGCCCCACGGCCUCGACAAGCUACCACACGGACGAGUUCGCCCGGAGGGCCGUGCGGGCCAUGAUCGAGGAAGCCGCCCCGGACUAUCACGAGCUCCCGAGGAGCAUGUCCCAGGAGAAUGAGACCGACAGGCACGCCCUGGCGGGACAACAGGAGUCGACCUCACCCGCUGCGGACCCUGGCUCCAAGGAGUACCAGAAGAUCACUGCGUCCAUGCUGAAUGCGCUGAAGAGGAAGGGGGUGAGCCCCAUGGUGAUGAGAGUGGCCCAGGACUUCCACUGCGAAGCGUGCGAGGAGGCGAACAACCACCGCCCGACGCAUCCGCCCGUCAGUCUCGAGGCCAUACCCCCGAAGUGGAAGCAGAUCCAGGCGGACCAGUUCGAGUGGGAGCACCCCCAGACGAAGCUCAAGGCCAAGUUUUCGCUGAUCAUUGACGAGAACUGCAAGGCCCGGGUCACUAAGAUAUUGUACCACAUGGUGGGCCAGGACCGUCACAGGAAUCCCGUCUGGGCAGAUCUCAAGAGCUUUUACGAAGAAAGAUGGCUGCCGUACUUCGGGAAGCCGCAGCGCGUGAAGGUGGAUCCCGAGGGCUCAUGGAUGUCCAAGCAGGCCGCCCAGUAUUUUGAUUCGGACUCCAUCGGGUACGAGCCGAUCCCCGGCCAGGCUCACUGGCACAUCUCCCUCGCUGAAGAGGCGAUCCAGGCAACCAAGGGGACUAUGGACAAGCUCGUGACCGAGAACCCGGAUAUGUCCACCGAAGAGGCCCUGGCCCGCGGCACAGCAGCCGGGAACUCUCGAGAGGAUGUACGAGGUCAUUCCCCCUUGCAGCACGCACUGGGAAGGGCCCCUGACCUGGACGGCCAUUUCUUCGAGAGCGACUUCGACGAGCUGCCGUACGUUGAGGCCCAGCGGGUUGACAAGGAGUACGGCGAGAACUACAUGAGGAUGUACGCGGCCGAGCAGGAGUACCUGAGGCAGGUGUACCUGCGUCGCCUGAGCCGGGCCGAGAAAGCCAAGAACCAGUUGCUCAAGGCCGUGGCGCCCGGCAUGUGGGUGCGCUAUUUCCACAAGGAGAAGGGCGAGGUCAAGGGCCGAUUCAAAGGGCUUGCACGGGUGCUCGCAGCGGAGACGACCCGACCCGUAGACGGUGACCUCGUGGCAAACCAGACAUUGCAUCCAGGUCGUGCAGGACCUGUGGUCUGGUUGGUCCGGGCAGGGCGCAUCAUCAAGGUUGAUUUGUGCCAGGUCGGGGCUGCUUCCGCGCGGGAGAUCGCCUAUGCCGAGCUCAUGGCGGGCAAGGACACACCCUGGACCGUGAACCCAUUCAUGAAUCAAGCGAUGCGGCAGGAGUACCUGGACUUCUCGGGGCACGACCCCACAGAGCAAGACGAGGAACUCGCAUCCUGGGAGGGGGUGCCUGAGCCAGCACCUCCUGCAAAAAGAACACGCCACGAGGAGCCGCCGAAGGAGACCAAGUCCGAGCGCAACCAUAACCCUGUGCUCAAGGCUAUUCGGAAGAAGGACCCACCGCCAGGGGGAGUGGCCAGCAUCGUGAAGGCAGCCCGGGCUGCACAGGCGGAGGAUCUCAUGAUGGAAAGGGCUGCCCUCAUGGCCAAGGCAUCUCCAGACGCCUGGUCUUUUCGGGCACGGCAGGGGACAUUCCUGGAGAUCUCGGUCGAGUUGCCACUGGCGGGAAAGCCCCUGAAGCAGGCCACGAGGCCCUUGAGCACAUACAUGGCGGGCCAGCUAAAAAGGGGGAAGCGAGAGAUCUCAGAGCGGGCCCUCACCCCAGAGGAGGUGAAGAAGUUCAGCGUCGCCAAGGCCACCGAGGUGAACAACUAUGUGAUAUCCUCCGUGCUGGAAUCCCUGCCACCAGGAGUUACCCCGCAACCAGAGGAUGUGAUGCGCACGCGGUGGAUCCUGGAGUGGAAGAUGGAUGAAGCGACAAGUGAGAAGAAGCCCAAGGCCCGGAUCGUGGUCCUAGAUUACAUGGACCCUGAGCACGAGCACCGGCCAACGACCGCUCCAACAAUGACCAGGACCUCCAGUAAGGUUCCAGUGUUUGGUUUCGGUUGA